GGAGCGCAGACCCGUUCCGUUUCUAGCUGCGCGUAAAAGGCGCGUUCUCGUUUUUACGCACAGCGAAAAGUGCCAACGGACGAACAGCAAGUAAUCGACUGUCAUCAGAAUAUCCACGUGAAUUCUGAGACUGAAUUUCUGAGAUCAAACAUCCCAAAUACAGCGGAGUGUCUGACUGCACGUCCCGCAGACAAAACGUGCGGUAGUGUGCGUGUGCUGUGCCGUGGGGACGCGUUUCUUAAACUUUUGUCUACUUUGCAUUCGGCACCAGUAUCUUUAACUUUGUCAUGUGUUGAGUUAAGCUUUACGUGUCGUUUUACAGUCUUGAACAGCAGAAUGGAUCCUUUAUUCAACACCACCGACGUGCCAAAUUUGACCACCGGCUCCAACAACAGUAUCAACGACACGCUGCAGUGGAACCAGUUCGUGCAGCCGGUCUGGAGAAUCGUCCUCUGGGCGAUCGCGUACAGCGGUAUAGUUGUCGUGUCCGUGGUGGGCAACAUUACGGUGAUCUGGAUUAUCAUGGCGCAUAAACGCAUGAGGACCGUCACCAACUAUUUUCUCCUCAACCUGGCGUUCGCGGAAGCCUCGAUGUCCGCCUUCAACACGGUGAUCAACUUCAUCUACGCCGUGCACAACGAGUGGUACUUCGGACUGGUGUACUGCCGCUUCCACAACUUCUUUCCCAUCGCGGCUGUCUUCGCCAGCAUCUACUCGAUGACUGCCAUCGCUCUGGACAGGUACAUGGCCAUCAUCCACCCUCUGAAGCAGCGCAUGUCGUCGACGGAGACCAAGGUGGUGGUGGGGGUGAUCUGGGUUCUGGCUCUGCUCCUGGCCUUCCCUCAGUACUACUACUCCACCACGGACCAGCUCCCCGACCGGGUGGUGUGCUACAUCGACUGGCCCGAUUACGAAGUGUGCGACUUCAAAAAGAUAUAUUUUGUGUGCGUGGCCGUCCUGCUGUACUUCCUGCCUCUGCUGGUGAUGGGUUGUGCUUAUCUGGUGGUGGGACUGACGCUCUGGGCCAGCGAGAUCCCAGGAGACUCUUCUGACCGCUACAAGGAGCAGCUGACCGCCAAACGCAAGGUGGUGAAGAUGAUGAUCGUGGUGGUGUGCACGUUUGCCAUCUGCUGGCUGCCGUUCCACGUCUACUUCCUGCUGCACCAGUUCUUCCCCGACAUGUUCGUGGAGAGGUUCAUCCAGCAGGUGUACCUGGCCAUCAUGUGGCUGGCGAUGAGCUCCACCAUGUACAACCCCAUCAUCUACUGCUGCCUCAACGACAGGUUUCGCGCUGGUUUCAAACAAGCCUUCCACUGCUGCCCCUGCAUCCCUCGAGGCUCCUACGAGGGCCUGGAACUCAAGUCCACUCGCUACCUUCAGACCCAGACGAGCGUUUACAAGGCCAGCCGGAUGGAGACCAGCGUGUCCACCGUCCUCCAGAGUGGGGACGACAUGGAGCAUCCCAAGGUCAAGGCGACGGCAGGUCCGGGCCCCGGCGGGGCGGCGGUCGGAACCUGCUCCUCCCUGGACCUCACCUCAAACGGAUCAUCGUCACGGAGCGUCUCCAAGACAGUAUCGGAGACGUCCAGCUUCUACUCCAGUAACAACCUGCAGGAAUAGGACUCACAGGGACACGGGGGACAUUGUGCAGGACGGCUGGAGAGAGAGAGUGAGUUGACUGUUCACAUUGCUGCUUUUGCCGCCGUGUAUUCGUGCAAAAGAACAGCGUGAAUGUGUGAGUUUGUCUGCCGGUGACUGUGGCUGUGGUGAAUACAUUUCCAGCGUGCCUACUGGAAUAUUAUCAUGUGAGCUAAUUUGCAAGUGAGACGAAGCCUCUGGUCACUGAGCCGCUGUCUUCACCCACGAUGCUCUUUGUGUAAAGUACUCACGCCGCUCACAGUUAAUGAUCAACUGCCAUUACAGAGGCUCGCUCGGCGCCCGAAAAAGUGUUGAUGAGCACUUCAUACAACACGAGCACAUUCCAGUUCAAAAGCCAAACCGAAGCAGACGCUAACGCCUCCGAUCCUCGCAGCCUCUGCUUGUCACACCAACACGCUCUCGUUGCAGAAUGAAGGAUCACACAUCCGCAGAUCACACAAAGCUGCGUGACUUCACGCCGUCUAUUUUGGAGCGGAGUGCUUUAACAUGAGACCGGCAUGCAGCGAAAAAAAAAAAAACAACAACACACAGCAGCUCCUCGUUUUGACAGGGAUUUCUCUUGGAGGUAUCAGGCUUUUUGCAGAAAGUUCUCCGCCUGGUUUUUGCAGGAACUCUCUCUCUCCCCAGAAGAUACAUGUUGAAAACACAGGCAGAUGUGUGGUUUCAGCUGAAAGGUUCUCCCUGAAGUGAGCUUAUGGAGAGAAGGAAAACAACACAGCACAAACUCUGAACUUGUGUGAGCGAGUGUUUGCAUGUGUGUGUCUGUGUUGCAAGCUGAUCUGGAUGCCAACUCCGUCUCCCUGAGCAGGACUCGAGUGCCUGUCUGGCUGAAGGAUCGCUCGAAGCAUCUCCUGCAGGUGCUGCUGAGAAUUCCUGGCAAUCACCUGAAACGCUGGCAAGCAUGUAGUUCAGCUUUCAUCGUCAUCAGCUGGGAGCAUCUUCUCUGAAACGGAGAGGUGCUUCAAAUGCUGAAGAGGCGAGAGCAAAGCUCAAGUGAAGAGUAAAAACCUAAAACUGCCCAAUUAUGAGACCUCCAUCCCGGAUUUAGCUGUCCGUGAUUCCACUAAACCCCCCGAAACAACACUGGUGUGUAGCUCAGAGAUCAAUCUGCAGUGGAAAGAAGACGAAACACUCAAAUUUUCUUCAUAUUUCACCGUAAUAGCCGUAAUAAACGUCCCCUCAGCAUGUCAGUGUAACCUGCUCCCCCUCCUCCAGACUAAUGACACCGGCUCACCAUCUGAAUGCAACGCGCUGCUUUCAAACUGUGAAAUAUUUAUGUAACUCUCAUUAGCUGCUCUUCUCGUCCGCCUGCCACUAACAUGCACUCUGUGUCUUAAUGAGAUUUGCGCUGGAUUACAUUUAUACCUCGCCAGUCAUACGACAUGCGUGUUGUUAUCAAGGUUUAAAAAAAAAAAAAAAAGAAAGGGCUCUGUGGACGCCGAAAACCUUCGAAUGUGCACAGGCAGCCUCCGUUAGCUGCAGCGACGUGCCUUGCUGCGUAGCAUAAUGUCUGUAACACGGCGACGGGCGCAGAGACGCUGCUCACUCUGCUGGUUCGGCUGCAGGGGCUACGGAAGCCCGCUGGGACAAACUGUCUUCACCGCUCACAGUUGUAAACACACAACAUUAUAAGCAACAGGAGGCAAACAGUUUUAUUCAACAGAUUCCACUUUACAUGACGAUAAUCCGACUUCUUUAAAGAUCUUCACUCUCCGAGUUCCAGUUGGACGACUUCACACAUUGUUUUAUUUAUUUAUUUUUCCUUUUGUUUUUUCGAUGAUGAAUUUCUUGAAGCGAGUCGAGUCGAUUAAUGGAAAUCCAGAAUGUUUUUACUGCAAAUAUCCUGCAGUGAGCUUAAUGACUAAAUCCUGAAGAUUUACAUACAUAUUUGCCAGGUGCACAAACAAACACACACACACACACACACACACACACACAAACACACACACAGGCGUUAACGACACACAUCCACCAAACAGUGCAGCGCAUCUUAAUCAGUCAUAGAAAACACUUGUUGUGCGUUGGAAAUCAACACAAAAGUCUCACAAUUAUCACGUUAUCAGUUUGGAAAGAGGAUGACUCCUCUGUGAAAUCAUGUCACGAGAUGCAGUGCACCCACACACAAACACAAACACACACAAACACAAACACAAACACACUUCACACACGGAGAGUGAUCACCUGUUGACAGCCGUCAUUCUGCUUUCACGGCUCCCCGUCCUCGCUGCUGGUUUAUUCUCAGCCACACAAAAGCUGUUGUUUUAAAUUCCAGAGUCAGCUGACGUGAAACUGAGAAGUGGAUGUGAAGCAGCGCGACACACCGGAAUCAUGAUCUGUGUUUAUAUA